UCAUAAGUAAGAACCCAACAACUAUAAUAGUACAAAAAAAGAAAAGAAGAAUGGAGGCAGAGAAGACACCACAGACGACAACAACGACGGAGAAGAAACCAGAGCAAGAAGUGAAAAACGACGACUUGCCGACAAACAGUCCUUACGUGGACGACUCUGGUAGCUUGGAGGAUUAUAAAAUGAAAGCUUAUGGAGCCCAAGGCCACCAAGAGGUUAAGGCUGGCCUCGGUGGUGGAUCUACCGAUGCUCCUACUCCUUCAGGUGGAGGAACCACCGCUACUGCUGAGAAAGCUCCUUGAAAACUUUAAAAACUUUAAUAAUAAUGGGUUAAAAUACGAAGAUUUGUAGCCACUUUAUCCGAAUCACUGAUCCAAGUUCCGUUUGUAUGGGUUAUGUUUUUUUUUUCUCAAGCUUCUAAACUAAAAAGGUUCCGAACCUGUUAGCCAACUCGGUGGGUUUGUACUAAAAUGUAAUUGCUUGUAUUACUGAGUGUGAAAAUAAUUUCCGAGUUUCAUAAGGUAAAAUAAAUAUUCAUAUGUUACUGACGAAA